CUGCUCAUCCGCCAACACUGUGAACACCAGGUAAGGUGUGGCAGUGUCGUUCUUGACUUCAUGAUGAGGUUCAAUCACAGUGUAGUCGUCAGCAAUGUUUUAAUUGUCUUGUCGGAUGCUGCAAGGCAAGACAAAUUCAGAGGUUUUAAAGUCAAUCCAGACUCAAUUAAGCAGGUUUCUAUACCCACAGACGGCGCGGAAAGCACAAAAAAGGGUCCUGAGGAAUGUAACUGCCCAUCUAACAACGUCUUGUUAGCCAUAAUUGGGGUUCUUGCCUUCACAAUCCUUCUUCUAAUUGUUUACAUAAUCUGGCUACACAGGAAAGGCGCUGUAGGGAAAGAGAGGACUUAUAAAGAUGAAAGAGGUGAUUAUGACAAUGAAACAGGAUUAGAUGAUAUCGAACCAACUAUACCCGAGUCGAGAAAACUCACUCAGCCUCCUGCGGAAUACAUGGAUCUCAUAGAAGUCAACAAAGAUAAUAGACAAGCACAAAGUACCGCUUCAGGUGCCGAUUACGUGCCUCUUCAUCCGUUGACACGCUGCUGGGAAGUUCCAAGACACCACGUGACCAUAGAAAAAAUCAUUGGUAAAGGUGCUUUUGGUCAAGUUGCCAAGGGAACAGUGGUAGGACUUCGAGGGAGUCCCGAAACGACCACAGUGGCUAUUAAGAUGCUUAAAACAAACGCCGCUGAAUCGGACAAGAGAGAUUUGAUGAAUGAACUUGACACAAUGAAGCAGCUGAAACCACAUCCUCACGUCAUUAAACUACUGGGAUGUGUUACAGAAUCUGAACAGCUGUUGGUUUUGAUUGAAUAUGUGCCUUUUGGGGAUCUACUGGGUUACCUGAGAAAGAGCCGGGGAUUAAAGGACACAUACUACAAGGACCCGGAUUUUAAACCGCAAACAAAUUUGACGUCACAGCAGCUGAUGAAGUUUGCUUGGCAAAUUGCUGAUGGAAUGUGUUACUUGUCCUCAAAAUCUAUCAUUCACCGAGACCUUGCGGCCCGCAAUGUGUUGGUUGGACAAAAGGAAACGUGUAAAGUGACAGACUUCGGAAUGGCCAGAGAUGUGCAGAAGGAAAAUAUUUAUGAACGAAAGACUAAGGGCCGUCUUCCCGUGAAGUGGACAGCUUAUGAGGCCUUGUUGUAUGGUAAAUAUACCACAAAAAGUGACGUAUGGAGUUAUGGAGUUUUGCUGUACGAGAUUUUCACCAUAGGCGGUUCACCCUACCCACGAUUGGAUGGAAGAAAAAUUGCAAACUUACUUCAGGAUGGAUACAGGAUGCCUAAACCACAACAUGUAGAUGAAAACUUGUAUCAGAUCAUGAUGAAAUGCUGGAAGAAUGACCCAGAUGCAAGACCAACCUUCACUGAAUUGAGAAACCAGCUGAAGGACAUGGAAAACUUACACAAGAAACUGAUCAACAUGACAAUGUACGACGAGCAGUUGUAUGCAAACGUCGAGGAUUUAAUAGUGUAGUUAGAUACACGUCAGCGGUAUAUGACUGACUAACAGUUUAAACACUUUGCCACAACGAGUUUCAGGGAUUAAUCAUCUUUGCCUUACACGCUUACUUGGUAGAAAUAGCCAUGUUGUGUUGAGCAAUCUUCUGUCACUCUCAGUUGAGUUUAAGAUUCAGUUAAUCUUACAUCAUUCUAAACUAGGUUACCUAUUGGUCAAAACCCUUCUUUCCUCAGCUGCACUAAAUAGUUGCAUUAGAAAACAGUACCUAAUAUGAAAACAACGCUCUUUCUGUCUGGAUCAGAGGUUGCUUGAGAAAUGGUCUUAACGUCCAAAUGAAGGAGAGUUUUGCCUCUGUCUUGAAAUAUUCACAGACGUCUUUCUUUUACUUCUGAUAAAGUUAAAUAGAACAAUUCCUAUCAUUGACAUAUGAUUAAAUGGCGAUUGAUCAGUUUAUAAUUUCCAAACCAAACUAAAGCAUAACUAAAUUACAAACUCGGAGGCGGGAGUACACUGAAUAACAUAAUGCAAACUCUGCAAACUGUUAUAAAAACAAACAUUCCGAAAGAGAGAAGGCAAAGGGAGUUAUUUCUUUCAAACUUUCAGUGAGAAAUCUAUCCAUAAUUAACAUCCUUGAUUUAAUGCUUUUCACGCGUCAAAUACAAAAAUGUACGAAUUAAUAACGGAGUCUUGAAUACUUUACGGUAAUAAAGUGAGAAAUGAAGAGACCGAUAAACCAAGACAAUUAUCCAAAAAGUAACGUAAGCACUUUCAAUCAACAUAAGAUUUGAAAGAAAAUUUUAAGAUUUGAAGUUAUUGGAAGAGUAGAAAUGGUGUUUGCACGGAAAAAUGAGUAAAUUUCUGUAAGAGGAAUAGCCCACCCCUGAUGCAAAUAUUGUGUCAUUGGUGGGCUCAGUUGUAGUCUGU